CUCAUUUUAGAUUAUUUUUAUUUCAAUCCCCGUCCGUUCGAUCCACACCCUUCGCUUUACUCUUUUCUUUUAUCAUGACCGCCACAGCUGCCUUCGAAGCAUGGGCUGCCCAGCAUCACAUUGACGCACCGCAUAUUGCCAUUAAACAAACCCAACAUGCCGGGACAGGUCUUUUUGCCAAACAAGCCAUUGUUACCCAUACCGAGCCUUUGUUACGCAUUCCGAAUGAUAUGCUCAUUACCACCAAAAACGCGACACAUUUGCAUCUGACGGAAGAAUUUCGGAACACUAUUUACCAGUUAUUUGACGGUACAGACGAGAUGCAUUUAGAAGGGAAGAAUGAACGCUUGUUUCUCAAGUUAUUUUUGGUGCAUGAACGGUUUGUUCAUGCCAAUGACUCUUUUUGGAAACCGUACAUGGAUGUGUUACCAUCGCUCGCGUUUUUCCAAGAAAACCACGUCCUGUUCAAGAAUUAUGCCGAACAUUUAGCUGGAACCACGUUGAGUGUAUCCAUCAGUGCCAAACAAAGAGCCUUACAAAAUGAAUUGGCGACGUUGCAAGAAAAAGCGUGUGGCUGGCUCGACCAAAUUACGCUUGAACAAUGGUUUUGGGCCGAUGCCACUUUUUGGUCUCGCGUGGUCAGUCUGGACGAGGAAAAUGAAGCCGUCGACAACGGUCAAGCUACCCAUCUAGCGUUGGUUCCAUUUUUUGAUUUUGCCAAUCAUUCACUGACGCCCAAUGUUCGAUGGCAGCGAGACUCUCAAGAUAAUAGUUUCUUAUUGAUGCCUUUUGAAGAUGCAACUAUUGGCGCGCAUGAUGAACUGUUUAUUUCUUAUGGCGCCAAAUCCAAUCAGGAGCUUUUGUUCUUGCAUGGAUUUACUUUAAGUAACAAUCCGGAACCUUUACGUCUGCGAUUGCCUGUCACCCCUUUCUUAGCCGGUCCAUCCCAACCGGCCAUCAGCCGAUUCCUGCAACAAAAUGCCAUGGAACCAUUCGUUGCCUUUGGUUACUCACACGACUCUGCUCCAUCGUCGUCGUCCCAAGUUUUACCAGAUUUCCCCAUUGCUCAUCAAUUAUUUGCAUCCACGGGAUUUACCUAUCCUUCCAUUGUUCUCAUGUAUCUUUUGGCACUGGAUGAAGACGACGGUUUACGAAUUGAUGAACAAGAAAAUAUCGUGCUUGGCAACAAACAAGUCGAUGCAAUGGAUGGCGUCGCCGAAUACACAUCGCAGCUUGAACAUUUCAAAGUGAUUCAAUUACGUGUCAUUCUUCUUCUAUUAGAUGCACUGACGUACCAUCACGGUGAACUAUCUCAAUCCAUACCGGAAACCACCCACCCUUCGGCUUUAACGAAUCACAUCGCCGCCUAUCGUCUAGAAGAGAAACACUCUUUUGAAUGUGCUAUUGACGCCUUGGCUCUUCUUCGUGAAGAGCUUCUUCAAGAACCAGUCGUUAUACAAUACAUGAGUAGUCAGGAACAACAGUAAACAGUUUCAAUAAAAAUACACAUAUACUCUCCUCUGAGAUGUCUGUAAGAAUCCAUGAAAAGGAAGUGGGAGAGGCGCUAUUUUAGAAAGAGUGCAAGGUUUACUCACAACGCCGUUGGCAAGAGAAUAUCUACUUUGAGCAUGUGUAAUAUUGGAAAUGUUGUCAAAAGAGAAUUCUGUCAGAACGUGGGUUGGCAGCGGAGGUUCGAGCACCAUCGAUUCGGUAGACGUUAGCACCGUUUUUCGCAUUGCAGCGUCGUCAGCGGAAAGUUGAGUUUCGCUUAUACUUUUUUUAUCAGCUAUUAAGCAAGAACUAAACGAUGGUUGGAAGCUCUGAGAAAUCUGGCGCAGUGCCAGGUGGCGAGUCCUUAUCGGAAAGAGCCAUAUACAAUUUGCAAAAUCCCAGUAUUUCAGGACGACAAUGUCUGGCGGUGAACGAAAAAACAAGCGUCACAUGCAUUUCGCGCUUGAUCCAUUAGUCGGCCAAAACGGUU